AUGGCGCAAAAUUCGGACCGCGCAGAGGAAGUGCGCAAACUACUCAGCGCCGUACAGGACCUUCUCAUCCCGUUCAUAAGCUCUGCAGACUCCCUCCCGAGCUCGAACGGGCACACCGCGAAUGGCAUAGACACCGACCUCGGCACAUCGAGCACAUCUCUCGUCGAUUAUAAAAGCCCCGAAGAUCUGCAGAAACUUUUGAAGCUUGAUUUGCCGUCGACUGGGCAAGGACAGGAUGGGUUUCUCCAGGUACUCCAGCAGGUACUGCGCUACUCGGUCAACACCUGGCACCAGGGCUUCCUAGACAAGCUAUACGCUUCUACAAAUGCACCGGGUGUGGCCGCAGAACUCAUUCUUGCAGCCCUCAACACGAACGUCCACGUAUACCAAGUUUCGCCGGUUCUGACCUUAAUCGAAAAACACACGGCAAAACAGUUGGCUUUAUUGUUCGGUCUCAAUGGACCUCAUUCCGGCGGUAUUUCCGUCCAAGGCGGAUCGGCAUCCAAUACCACGUCGAUCGUGAUAGCGAGAAACGUACUAUACCCCAUAACCAAAACCGAGGGCAACGGGAGCUACCGAUUUGUCAUUUUCACUAGCGGUCAUGGUCAUUAUAGCAUUGAAAAAGCAGCUCAGAUGCUCGGAUUCGGAAGUAAUGCUGUCUGGGGCGUGCCUAUCGACAAGCAAGGCCGCAUGAUUCCCACAGAAUUGGAGAAGUUGGUAGAAAAGGCCAAAGCGGAAGGUCGUACGCCAUUCUAUGUCAAUGCGACUGCUGGCACGACCGUUUUAGGAUCUUUUGACCCCUUCCAUGAAGUGGCAGCAAUCUGCAAGAAGCACAACCUCUGGUUCCAUAUUGAUGGCUCAUGGGGUGGAUCAUUCAUCUUCUCUACCCGUCACAAGCACAAGCUUUUCGGUGCAGAAAAGGCGAAUAGUAUCGCUAUCAAUCCACAUAAGAUGCUCGGUGUACCUGUGACUUGUUCAUUCCUGUUAGCAGCAGAUAUCCGUCAGUUUCAUCGUGCAAAUACUCUUCCUGCAGGAUACUUGUUCCAUAGCAACCCGGAAAUUGAUCAGACAAAUGGUAAACUUGAUGGAGAUUUGACUGCUGACUUGCCGGUCGAUUCGCCAGAAGUCUGGGAUCUGGCAGAUUUGACCCUUCAAUGUGGUCGUCGUGCUGACUCGCUCAAAUUGUUUCUAAGCUGGACAUAUUACGGCUCSAAAGGGKACGAGCACCGGAUAGACGAAGCCACUGAGAUGGCAUCACAUCUGGCAACUCUCAUCGAGAAUCACCCUGAUUUCAUUCUUGUCAGUGAGAACCCGCCACCAUGUCUUCAAAUAUGCUUUUACUAUGCGCCUGGCAAGCGUUUCGCGUACGAAGCCGAUGGCUCAAUUGAUUCGGAUGAUGUGCGCGCUGCAAAGAAUAGCAGUGUGACUGAAGAAGUGACCCGCGCAAUCGUGAGCAAAGGUUAUAUGGUCGAUUAUGCGCCUCCAACUGGUGGUGAUGUUGACCUCAGGGGUAAAGGGAAGUUCUUCCGUUGCGUUGUCAAUAUUUCGACUGAGAGACGUACGGUAGAAGGUUUAAUCCGUGCUAUUGAAGAAGCUGGUCCAGCGAUCAUUCAGAAGUUGAAAGUUUCAGCGAUUUAG